UCUCUACUCAUCUCUGCUAUUAUUAAUGAAAUACGUUCCAGUUAACAGUUUCGGUUUCGGUUCUUUAUUUUUCCGGUUAUUAUCAGUUAUUCAUUUUGGUUUCAAUUACGGUUACGGUCCCUGAUCGUAAACCUUAAUCACCGCCUUAAAUCCAACAGCAAUAUACCGACAGUGGAUACCAACGACCAUCAAAUAUUUGCCACGUUUAAAUUCCCAAUUAUCAUCAACAUAAAACCCCACAAGGAGCUUCUGGCAUUCACUGCGUCAUCUACAAGGAAGGCGCAUUUCAUGUAGAAACUUGGCGUGGCGCAAAAGCCCUCACUGUAUAAAAAAAAGAAAACUAGUACUACUAUACCCGAGAAGAUCAAUCGUGCAUCGUCAGUGCUUCGCGAGUGUCCGUGCGCGAAUACAGGGAUUAUCGCUUGUUAUUACAGUGGAAAUCGUCUAUGAUAAUAAUUCAAUUAGUACAAAGAUUCUCGAUACCUCAUCAUUAAGUUUCUGAGAUUGACUGUUAAAGCCCUUGACCAUGAUCACCCAGUGCGUUUCCUCACUUAAGCUAUCAUCAAGUAACCGGCCCCAGGAAUGUCGCAGUAUCCCGCUGCAGUGUUCCGUCUCUGUGAUAGGAUAAAUUAUUGGAAAUUCGAAUACACCAUUUGGAUCCUUAUACCUUCCUGAUAUCCUGGAUCAAGGUUCGUAAGUCAUUCCAAAAAGAAGUGCCAUUUACUAAUUGCCUCUCUCUCGAGAGUACCAUAAGCGACACUGCUGCUGAACAUACAGUGGAGUUUUAUUUUCGGUAUGGAUGUUCGCCAUGCUCAUCUACCGUAUCGAUCCGUCUUAAUUGAUUGGUGAACGUCUAUUGACACUGGGUGUGGAUAGGAUUUGUUGGAGGAUCACGCAAUUCUUUUUGGCUUUUAGAUGAAAAAUGUAUGUGCGAUUUACUUUAGUUUGCUUUGUAACACCUACUUGUACAGUGUCGCAACAAAAUUCUGGCUCCAGCAGUGGAAUAGUACAUGGAGAUUUGUUGAGUUGUGCAAGUACAUUAAGAAAGGAGCUGAGAAGAGAGAUUGCGGAACAAGUAUGAGCUCUCAACCAAUCAUGGUUCCUGGUGGAGACCGUCGUUCUCAGUCAGAAUCUCAUUCGGUAUCAGUUGGCAAUGCAACAGAGUCAUUUAAAACCAUGACACCACCAAAUGUCAGCAGGUCACUGAGUAGUCCAGCAGCAGACGACCGACGACCUCGCCGUGGCAGUGUUCAGGUCCAAGCGGUGCCUUUGCCGAAGCUACCAUCCUCUGAAUCGCUCACGACGUGCACGAACGUCGUGAGCGGCACCGCCGCACCGCCGUCACCAGGUUUGUCUACCAUGGGUGAGAGUAGCCUCAAGGUACAAGACAAUUCUUCGGACAAGUCCGUGGACACUUACAAGCUCACACGCAAGGAAUCCUACAAGGCUCAGAGAAAGAAUUACCGCAUGGAGAAAAAAAGAGUUGCCAAUGAGCUAUUGAGCUCGCUCAAAGAUCCCACGGUGGUUGUGAUGAGCGAUUGGCUCAAAGUCCGUGGUACGCUCAAGAGCUGGACAAAACUGUGGUGCAUACUGAAGCCUGGUUUACUAUUGCUAUACAAGAGUCCUAAGAUCAAGAGCAAUCAUUGGGUCGGUACAAUACUGUUGAACACCUGCCAAGUGAUUGAGCGACCAAGCAAGAAGGAUGGUUUCUGCUUCAAGUUGUUUCAUCCUCUGGAGCAAUCGAUAUGGGCGCCUCGUGGACCGGAAAAGGAAGCUAUCGGAGCCGUUGUCCAGCCGCUGCCGACUUCUUAUCUCAUCUUCAGGGCGCCCUCUCAGGCUGCUGGCAAGUGCUGGUUAGACGCUCUUGAGUUGUCACUACGUUGCUCAUCGCUCAUUGUGCGAUCGGCCAGUGCGAUUCCGAGAUCACCUCAACACGACGCUACUACGACACAUGAGACACAGUGGAGCGAAGCGGAUUAUGAGAAGCAUUUUGAUGACCAUGAGUACGAAACCCAUCACAUAGUAACGCUAGAUCCUGUAUACACCUCGAACACAGACCUGGACGACAUCAGCCAGCCGGAGAACGGAGUCGUCGCUGAUGCUGAGAUCAGUGCGUCUGACAGCGAAUCCGAAGUCUCCGCCAAGGAGGAUGAACCUGAGCAAAUCAAUGAGACGCCUUACGUGGCCAAUGAAAACGAAGUUCUUGGUUCGGCAGGAGAGGUCGUGGCGGAACUUCAAGAGGAGCAAAAAUCCCUGAUCUGGUUUCUAGUGAAACAAGUGCGUCCUGGUAUGGACCUUUCGAAGGUGGUUUUACCUACUUUUAUAUUGGAACCACGAUCUUUCCUGGAGAAGCUUGCGGAUUCGUAUUAUCAUGCUGAUCUACUGUCCCAGGCUGUAAUCGAGGACGAUGCGUUUACUCGUAUGAAGGGCGUCGUUAAGUGGUAUCUUUCUGGUUUCUACAAAAAACCUCAGGGUCUGAAAAAACCUUACAAUCCAUUACUGGGUGAAACGUAUCGCUGCUAUUGGCAACAUCCCAAUGGAUCACGCACAUUUUACUUAGCCGAACAGUUGUCGCAUCAUCCACCAAUUUCCGGAUUUUAUGUGACCAAUCGACAAGAUGGAUUUACAAUCAGUGCCACCAUAAUCGCCAAAUCGAAAUUCUAUGGAAAUUCAACUUCGGCGGUUCUUGAUGGUGUAGCUGUUCUGACUAUGCUUCCUAGAGGCGAGGACUAUACAAUGACUAUACCAUAUGCUCAUUGUAAAGGAAUCCUCAUGGGAACCCUCUCUAUGGAAUUAGGUGGCAAGAUAAAUAUAACUUGUGAAAAAACCGGAUAUCAGACCGAGCUCGAAUUCAAGCUGAAGCCAUUUUUAGGUGGUUCAGAACAGAUGAAUCAAGUAGUAGGCAGAAUACGACUUGGAAAAGAGACAUUAGCUACUAUAUCAGGCUAUUGGGAUGGUCAGAUAAUGAUAACUGAUAAGCGAACAGGGCAAGAGAGUGUUUUCUUCAAUCCAAUACCUGAAGUGCGCAGAAAGCGGCUAAAGAAGUACACAGUACCUCUUGAACAUCAAGGUGCAUGGGAGAGUGAAAAGCUCUGGCACUCUGUGACUCUGGCUAUAAACAAUGACGAUCAGAUUGCUGCAACAGAGGCGAAAACGCAACUAGAGGAGGCACAACGGGAUCGUGCCAAGGAACGUAAGAAUUCUGGUCAAGAAUGGAUACCCAAGCACUUUAUCCAGGAUAUCAUCACCGGGAACUGGAUGUACAAGCAUGCUGAUAUAAGACCCUGGGAUCCACGCAAUGACGUUGUGCAGUACGAGCAUGAUUAUGUGGUGCGCACCAAGACACGACAUAAGACACCUAUCAUGAGAACAGGAAGUAUCGUCUCAACGGAGCCGCAAUCACAGCUGCCAUUACUACAGGCUGAAUCUCGCUCUUCUCUCUCGGUGCUGAAGUCCUCGAAAAGACAACUAUCUAAUACUUUACCAUUAACGGAAACAGCCCAUGACUCCGGAAGUUCCUCGGCGGAAUUUCAUUCAGAUUCAAGUCAGUCCGUGGGCAAGCGAAGACGUUCGACUGCUCGGCUGCUGAAUGUCGUAAAGGAGAUGGAAGCUCACUUAGGGGAACACAAUGAGAAGUUAACUCGAAUUCAACGGUCCAUCGAGCAGCUAGCAUUGAGGCAACGUGGACAACGAGAACAGAAUUACAACGUGGGUAUGUCGAGGAACUUCAUAGACACCAUAGUCGUCAUCCUGGUAGUCUUCGUCGUGCAAUAUAUAAUGAAAUUUUGGAACGGUGUAUCCUCAAAUGGAUCCAAAGCGACAUGAUGAGUAUCGUCUGUCAUUUGAUAUCUACCGCCACUGGAACAAGCACCCACCAGAUGCUGCCAGUAUUUCCAUUCCGGCAUUGAAUGAAUUUGUCCUAGAGGAUGGUGACGUUGUUUUGAAAUCCUACGUGAAGACUUGUUAAGCUCGGAUGAACGGGUAAAAUAAGAAAAUGAAAAGAAAGAAAGGGACGCGCGUGGCAAUGUGAAGAUGAAGGAUGUUUUUAAAAGUGGAGAAGAGAAAAUUGUAUAAUUGCUGAAAGCGGUGUAGAAAUGAGGAGAUAAUCUGUUAUAGUUUUUAGUACACGAAAUUCAGAUGGAAUGUGCAUCAAAUCGUAUUUCCGUACGUUAUUACGUAGCGUAAUACUUACCUAUCCGUAGGCUAGCAAGUUUAUCUGCACUGGUACAGCUUGAACAUUUUUAAUAUACAUAAUAUUGUACAUAUGUAAGACGAGAUCCUAUUUUGGAAUCUCGCAACGAAAAUACGAAUUAGCAGUGCGAUAAGUUUUCCUAUUUUUCUUCUCUUGUUUGUACCAUUUGUCUCCUCCUUUUUUCCGUGGCUGCUAGUAUUACUGAUCAUCAUACCUAAGGAAUAGAUUAGUGAAAUAUUGCUGAUACAAUAGAUACACGUAUCAAGAUUAAUUUUGUUCAAUGAAUUUUUGAGGGGAAAGAUGAGGUAAAAUCUGUCGACUGUACGAACUACAGUUUUGUUUUUCUUUGUGUAAAGGGGUUGUGACUAGUUAUGGCAUUUAAUAUUUAAAUCAAAUUAUACCAUAGAAUAUCAGAGAAAAUUUCAGUCGUUAUGAGAGACAGUUACUAUAUGAAAAAUUAUGGAAUUUGCCUGUCGGGCGUGGCUGUAGAAUUUAUUAAUGUCCAUCGAGGAAACUGCAUCACAGGAACGAAAUCGUCUCUGUUCCAUUAAGAAUCUGCUGAUUGAUUCAUCUUUCACGUAGUGUUGUUCGUACACUUAAUUAACAGUUUUUACCGGAAAUAAUUUCUGGAGACGCGUAUGUGUAAUCAUUUGAGUGCCAGUGAAGAAGUCGGUAACAGCGAGCUAUACGCGUGUGAUAUAACCGAGCCUUAAGAUACAUAGAGAGAGAAUGCGAAAAAGAGAGAUUGAGAUAGAGAAUAUUUAAUAGUAAUAAUAUCAAUAACGUUACUAUGAAAUUCCUUUAUUUCUAUUCCUUUGGCGCUAGUAAUGUUAAAAUGAAACAUCAAAAAAAAAGAAAAUGUUGCCUUGUAUCUUGCAAUUUUUCAAUCUUGUGUCAUUGCUCCUUUUCUCUUUUCGCCUUGUACAUUUUUGUACUAUUUGUAAACCCAUUCCACUCGAAAAACUCAGCAGUCGUCAAACAUUCCAAAAGCUUUUGGAGACUAUUUAUUGUUCAGAUUGUAUUUGGUGCAAACCUUUAUUGUGAUAAUGAUGCAAAUCGCAAGGUGAAGUAUGUAAUACAAUUUGCAUGCAGUAUGUAUGAACUUAAAAUAUAUUAUGUACAACAAUGAUAAAGACAAAUGAACAAUACUUAAACCACAAAUUAUUGUGAAUUCGCUAAAAUCCUUGUAAAAUCGGUAUAACGUUGUAUAACAUGUAUAAUGUACGAAAGUCGUACGCGUUCUCCUUUUUAGCAUCUUCGUGAGCAUCUCAGUUGUUGUUGUUUCUGCCUUCGCAUUUUAUGUAAACCAUACCAUAUUUCUAUCGUAUAAUAAUAAAAAAAGGAAAAAUA